CUCAGACUUCCAGCCUCCAGAACUGACAAAAUAAAUUUCUGUUGUGGAAGCCACCCAGUCGGUGGUAUUUUGUGUUACGGCAGCCCUAGCAAACUCAUACAAGCAAUAAAGAUUUUGCUUGAUCAGCCCUAGAAGUCUGAUUUGGUUUGGUCAGCCAUUAAACAAUAUGUAUCAAAUGCUUUCUGGGUUUGACACGUGUCAUAAAUUCCAAUUUUUAAAAAUAGAAGGUGUUAAUGAAAAUGAGAUGGACAGCAAAAACGGAUUGGUAACAAUUCCCAAAACACCUAUUCUCACAGUGUUCUUAGAAUUCCACUUUCCUUCUGCUAGAAAAGAAGCUGCCGUGGUAUUGGGAAGAUACCAGAAAAGUCAAUGAAGAGAGUCUUGGUGUCCUCAUCCGUAAAUUAAGUUGAGCUACACAGUUUUUCAGUCUUUUCCAGCUCUGAAAUGCUAUAAUUCUGUAAGAUGGAAGGCUCUGGAUUUAUUCAUUCAUUGAAAUCCACAAAACUCAUGGCACUGUUCUUGGCCAUGGGAUACAGCAGUAAACAAAACAGACAAAAACCCCUACCUUCAUCUAGCUUACAUUCUAGUGAGUGAAGAGACAAGCAAAUAAAAUAUAUAUUUAAUAAAUGGUAGUACGCGCAAACGAGAAAGGACGAAAGGGGGAACUGGAAAAAGGCAAAAGUUGCUAGAAACAGCUUUUCACAUAAGACUAAAAGGGCAUAAAGAUCGAGAAUUCAGAGCACCAAUGUGAAAACACCCCGGACGCGUCAGCAGCUAAACAGGUAACACUGGUGCGCGUGCGCAUCGGGGCCGCACGGACCAAAGGGAGUCCUCGCCGAGCCUCCUCAGAAGCGCAUGCUCGUGGGCGCGCGCGUGCAUGAGCCGCGCGAGCCAACGUGCGCGCGUCCGGCGUCCAAGGCGGUUGGUGGUAGGGGAGUUGGAGAAGGGCGAUUCGAGGCAAUUAUUUCCAGUCAGAGAAGGAAACCAGUGCCUGGCACUCUCACCAGCUUUCCUCCUGCCAUGAUCAAGCGCUUGUCAGUCGAAGUACAAGCCAAAUUGCGUUCUGGUUUGGCUAUCUGUUCCUUAGGCCAGUGUGUUGAGGAGCUUGCCCUGAACAGUAUUGAUGCUGAAGCAAAAUGUGUGGCUGUCAGGGUGAAUAUGGAAACCUUCCAAGUUCAAGUGAUAGACAAUGGAUUUGGGAUGGGGAGUGAUGAUGUAGACAAGGUGGGAAAUCGUUAUUUCACUAGUAAAUGCAGCUCUCUGCAGGACUUGGAGAACCUAAGGUUUUAUGGUUUCCGAGGGGAGGCCUUGGCAAGUAUAGCUGACAUGGCCAGUGCUGUGGAAAUUUCAUCCAAGAAAAACAAAACAAUGAAAACUUUUGUGAAACUGUUUCAGAAUGGAAAAGCCCUGAAAGCUUGUGAAGCUGAGUUGAGUAGACCAAGCGCUGGGACAACAGUAACAGUCUAUAACCUAUUUUAUCAGUUACCUGUACGAAGGAAAUGCAUGGAUCCCAGACUGGAGUUUGAGAAAGUUAGGCAGAGGGUAGAGGCACUCUCACUCAUGCACCCUUCCAUUUCUUUCUCUCUGAGGAAUGAUGUUUCUGGUUCCAUGGUUCUUCAGCUCCCUAAAACCAAAGACGUAUGUUCCCGAUUUUGUCAAAUUUAUGGGCUGGGCAAGUCCCAAAAGUUAAGGGAAAUAAAUUUUAAAUAUAAAGAGUUUGAGCUCAGUGGCUAUAUCAGCUCUGAAGCACAUUAUAAUAAGAAUAUGCAGUUUUUGUUUGUGAAUAGAAGGCUAAUUUUAAGGACAAAGUUACAUAAACUCAUUGACUUUUUAUUAAGGAAAGAAAGUAUUAUAUGCAAACCAAAGAAUGGCUCUGCCAGUAGGCAAAUGACUUCAAAUCCUCGAUAUAGGUCCAACCCAGAACUCCAUGGGAUAUAUGUAAUCAAUAUGCAGUGCCAAUUCUGUGAGUAUGAUGUGUGCAUGGAUCCAGCAAAAACUCUGAUUGAGUUUCAGAACUGGGAUACUCCUUUGGUUUGCGUUCAGGAAGGAGUGAAAAUGUUUUUAAAGAAAGAAAAAUUAUUUGUGGAAUUAUCAGGUGAGGACAUUAAGGAAUUUAGUGAAGAUAAUGAUUUUAGUUUUUUUAACGCUACUCUUCAGAAGCAUGUGUCCUCUGAUGAGAAGGGUGACCAGGUCAGUUUCCAAGAAGCAUGUAAUACUAUUUUGGAUUCCUAUGAAAUGUUUAAUAUGCAGUCAAAAGCUGUGAAAAGAAAAGCUACUAUAGAAAACAUACAGAAUUCUAAGGAUUCAGAAGCUAUUGGAAAAAAGGCAAGUGAUUCAUUUUUGUACACUUACAACUCAGAUGACCCGGGCUGUAGUAAAAUGACGGAGUCAUCUUUACAAAACAAAGAUAGCUGUCACUCAGAAUCAGAGAUCUUAGAACGAGAGACAGCUAAAGCAUCAGAAUCAGGAGAAAAUGAGAAACAUAAAAAAUCUUGCUUGGAACUUAACUCUUCAGGAGAUCCAUGUGGAACCAGUUCAGAAAUGUUUGCAAGCCCUUUUCAGACAUCGUAUCACUUGGAGGAGAGUGGAGAAGAUCCAGAAAUGCAGAAAGUAAGUACUACUGUUAAUGACAUGACUGCCAGCAUCCUGAAAAAUAAUAGAAUUCAGAAUCAACUCGAGAGAUCUAAAGAUGCUACUGAGAUGGGAUGCCAACCUCUGCCUUUUGAGACAACAACAUUGAGAGUACAUGAUGCUCAGAGAGAGGAUGAGAAAAGAGAAGAAGAACCUAGUAAUUGCGGAAGGAUAAACAUUUUUAGUUACGGACAAAUUAAAUUAUGUUCCACUGGCUUUAUAACUCAUGUGGUACAAAGGGAGCAAACUAAAUCAACUGAAACAGAGCAUUUAUUUAAAAAUUGUGUUCGACCUGGUCCUGCGAGUGCCAAAGAAACAUUUGGAAAUAGAACAUGCCAUUCAACUGAGACUCCAAACAUCAAAGAUUUAACCAGCACUUUAAGUACAGAAUUUGCUCAGCUGCCCAACAAAAAAGUGUGCAGGACAAAUAUAAGUUACGGGCUAGAGAACAAACCUGUAGGUUAUAAAAAUUUUGCUGUUUUUCAGGAAGGUAGUAAAAAGUCACCUACAGGCUGCUUAUCACCUGACACAUCCUCCUCUUUCCCUUGGUGUAGACAUGUUUCAAAUGGUAAUGAGGAAACAGAUAAGUUGAUUGGUUCCUCCAAGCCCAUAGCCCAUAAGAAGCUAAGCUUAAGUUCACAACUAGGAUCUUUAGAGAAGUUUAAGAGGCAAUAUGGGAAGGUUGAAAAUCCUCUGAAUACAGAAAUGGAGGAAAAUAAUAAUUUUGAAAUUACUACCAAUCUCAGUCCUCAAGUUGAACCUGACAUUCCACAGAAAGGUAAGAACCACUUGGACAACUCUGACAUUUGUAAAAUCACUACUGUGAGACAUAAUGAUUCAAAUAAUAGUUGUCAACCAGUCCGUCACAUUCUUUACUCAGAGAACUUUCCAUUCUCCAAGGAAGAAGAUUGUUUGGAACAACAGAUGCCUUGCUUAAGAGAAAGUCCUGUGACUCUAAAGGAGUUAUCUCAUUUUAACAGAAAAACUUUGGAUGUUGAGAAGUCACCUGAAUCUCUAGCCUCUAAAUUAUCCAGAAUGAAAGGUUCUGAGAGAGAGACUCAAACAAUGGAAGUGGUGAGUCACUUUAAUGAACAACUACAAUCGGAUUCCAGUAGGAAAGACAGUGACUUGGGCACUGGGUUAGCCCUAGAUUCCUGUAAGUUAUUUAAAAAUGAGCAUAAAAAAACAGAGAGUGGCAUCGUCCCAACAUCAGACUCUGUCACACAGGAUAAUACCUUCAAUAAAGAUAGUGAAACAUAUUCUAACAACAAUACAACAGAGAGCUCUGUGAUACCAGAAACUCCUUUGGUAUUACCCUGUAAUAAUUCUAAAGCGGGCAGUAAAGAUUCAGAUGUUCUUAUAGCUUCAGAACAACAGAGAGGAAGUCUUGAGUCUCCCAGUAGCAUGUUAAUGAGUCACAUGGAAGCUGGCCAAAAUGGAACUUGUUUUCAGAGUGAGGACUCUAUAGCAAGAACUUGUUCUGAAAAUGAAGAGUCAAACACAUGUUCUUUGGAUUGGCAGCAGCAUUUUGAUGUAGCCCUGGGAAGAAUGGUUUAUAUCAACAAAACAACUGGACUUAGCACUUUCACUGCUCCUACUGAGGAUGUUCAGGCUGCUUGUACUAAAGAUCUGACAACUGUGGCUGUGGAUGUCAUGCUCGAGAAUGGAUUUCAGUACAGGUGUCAUCCUUUUAGAAGCGACCUUGUUCUUCCUUUCCUUCCUAGAGCUCGGGAAGAGAGGACUGUGAUGAGACAGAAUAACAGAGAUACCGUGUCUGAUGCUCUUGGUAGUGAAUCGCUUCAGUCUUUGUUCUCAGAAUGGGACAAUCCCGUAUUUGCUCGUUAUCCAGAGGUUGCUCUUGAUGUAAGCAGUGGCCAGGCUGAGAGCUUAGCAGUUAAAAUUCACAACAUCUUGUAUCCUUAUCGUUUCACUAAAGAAAUGAUUCAUUCGAUGCAGGUUCUCCAGCAAGUGGAUAACAAGUUUAUUGCCUGUUUAAUGAGCACUAAGACUGAAGAGAAUGGUGAGGCAGGUGGAAACCUGCUGGUUUUGGUGGAUCAGCAUGCUGCCCAUGAGCGUGUCCGUUUGGAACAGCUUAUUAUUGAUUCCUAUGAGAAGCAACAGCCACAAGGCUCUGGUCGGAAGAAAUUACUGUCUUCCACUAUAAGUCCUCCACUAGAGAUAUCAGUGACAGAGGAACAGAGGAGACUCUUACGGAAUUUAUUCGCGAACAAGUGGAGCUACUCCAGACUACAGGAGGCAUCCAAGGGACUUUGCCACUGACAGUCCAGAAGGUGUUGGCAUCCCAAGCCUGCCAUGGGGCCAUUAAGUUUAAUGAUGGCCUGAGCCUAGAGGAGAGCUGUCGCCUUAUUGAAGCCCUGUCUUGGUGCCAGCUGCCAUUCCAGUGUGCUCACGGGAGACCUUCUAUGCUGCCAUUAGCUGACAUGGACCACUUGGAGCAGGAAAAACAGGUUAAACCUAAUCUUGCUAGACUUUGCAGAAUGGCCCAGGCCUGGCAUCUCUUUGGAAAAGCACAAGGAUGUGAUACAAGACAAAGGCUGCAGGAAUCCAUGCCUCCUUGUGAGCCACUAUGAGAAUGGAAUUGCUGAUGGACUAGGAACCACAGGGUGCUAACUGUCUGCCUCUGUGCAGAGAGCGUGAGCAGCAGGCACUGGGAGUCUUGACUGCAUCCACCCAGUGCACCCGAGCAACCAAGCGCUGGCAGUCUUCCCUGAGCAGAUGAUCCCUCUGGUUGAGGACCAGAGGAAUUCAGGCCUACACUGUUCAUUCAUUUGUAGCCAUGGACAGAGGAGGUUGCCAUAUAAUAUCUACUUUUUGUAACUUAUUUAGGGAUAAAAUUUAAUGAUUGAUUGUCUGGUUGAUUUGUUUGUGGUUUUUCUUGGGGUGGGAUGGGGGUUAUUUUGUUUUUGUUUUGCAGUUUUUCCAGUCUCAUAAUUUGCAUUGAUGUAAUUUACCUGACACUGAACUCUCAAGGAUGGUGUCGGCCUUCCUCAACUGCCCGUGGCUGUGCUCCGUGGGUUGCCACCACAGUGUGGCUUGAUGAAUGGUGUAGGUCUGUGCCCGAAAUCCGAACCUGCGAACCCAGGCCACCGAAGUGGAGCACGCCAAACUUAACCACUACACCACAGGGCCGGCCCUUCUUGUCAGGUUUGUAAGUAGCUUCCUUCUUCUUUAGGCACGUCUUAAUACUAAAUAUAAUGUGCCUGAAAAAACUCUACUGAAAGGCUCCUUCUCUUUAGCACGGUAUUUAAUAUAAAUAUCAAGCAGUCACCAUUUCAAGUGUGGUUAGGCUCCAAGGCUGCCCUCCAUUGUGUGAGGGUUGUGAAGAAGACUGACAGCUUAGACUAUAGCUCUUUAUUAAUAAUUGCUUAGCCAUUGAACAGUAUCCUGGAACAGCUUUUUGGUGAAUGAAAGAAGAAUUCAAAGUGAAGUAGGCCAGAUGUAAAACACUUCCAAACCACGUGGCAGAAUAGCUCCUUUGUGCAAACGAGGUGCAUGUCUGCAGAGGGAGGUUUUGUGAGGGCAGGAGGGCAGUAUGGCCUUUACAGUAAUUACAUCACCAUCUGGUGCUGUCCUGAUGAACUGAGUUCUACGUACGUGGUAUGACAGUCAGGUAGCUCCAUGAUGAACUGUGUCCCUGGCAACCUUCAUGAACCCAGACUGAUGUGAGAGACUGCUUUGAGAAACAGUCUCGAAGCACGUCUGUGAAACUGACGAUCCUCUGGGUGCCAGCAUUUAUUUCUUUGAGGUAUCACUUUACACUUAAGUUUUUCUUGGUAGAGUGUUUUUUAGACUUCUUUUCUGAGGCUAAAUUAGGAAUUUCUGUUCCUUAUUCGAGUUCCAAGAAUUAUGCCUUUCCUGCCCUCCGCCCAAAUUGGAAGAUAUAAACCGUGGGAAAAGUAUCUUUACAAACUGUAGUAAGUUAUCUAACUUGGUUUAUUUAGCAUGUUCAGGAAGCCUUUCACAUCCAUGGAAUCCUCUAUUAAUUCUCUCCAGGCUACAACGGUUUUCUUCCUUAGUUUCUGGGUUCUGCCUGCAAAGGCAGAGGUGGGAGGGAGUGGUAGUAAGUCAACAUGGAACUCCUCAGUUUCUCCCUGUUUAGAUCACCUUCUGAUAUUUAUUUCCAAUAUUUACUCUGAAAGAGGAAAAGGGAGAGAGGGAAGUAGAGAAA